AUGACCGCAGUAAAUGUAUUCAGUGUUGGGUAUAAAACCACGACGGUGUGGUACUGUUCGUUAAGCGCGGCCGUGCACUACUUCUCGAUGUUGAUCAAAACAGCUUCGCGACUUGUUGGGUUCACAGUCCUUGCACUGGGAAUGCCUGCCCGUGGUUCCCCGUCUUUAGGUCCUCGGGCGGAUGCUGCAGCCCAGGCAUGUCAACUAUUACAAGCCAGUUUUCCGCAGCUGGUGUCAUUUCCGGGUUCUGAACAGUAUGAAACAGAUAUUGAUCACUGGGCCUUUACAAGCAGUCAGAAUGCGACAUGUGCUGUGGAACCAGCUAAUGCAGACGAUGUUGGUGCAAUUCUAAAAAUCAUUGGUCGAGACAGCAUUCGCGCUCCCUUUGCUGUUAAAGCUGGCGGACAUGCUCUCAACAAAGGUUUUAGUUCAACGCCGGGAGUUCAGAUCUCAAUGGCUAAAUUCACGGGAUUGUUGGUUGACGCUGUGAAUAGCACUGUCACUGUAGGUGCAGCUCUGACUUGGGGUCAGGUAUACAGUCAGCUUGAGCCGUUUGGGGUUAUGCUUACAGGUGGUCGUAAUGGUGAAGUAGGCGUAACUGGUCUGAGCCUUGGUGGAGGCUACUCUUGGAAGACCAACCAAUUCGGUCUGACGAUUGAUACGAUCGUCUCCUACAACCUUGUUCUUCCAUCUGGUCAACAGGUACUCGUCACAAACACGACUUAUCCAGACCUCUUCUUCGGGCUCAAGGGCGGUUUAAAUAACUUCGGAAUCGUCACCGACAUUACAUUCGAGAGCCACCCGCAGGGUCUCGUAUUCGCGGGUGAGAUUGAAUAUGGCCUCAAUGUGACCGAUCGCGUGAACGCCGCCAUAGGCAACUUCUCGUUGAACAAUACGGACCCAAAGGCUCAAUUGGUAGUCACGUAUACGUAUGUAGCUGGGCAGUUUCAGACUGUUGUUGUCCCCUUCUAUGAUGGACCAAACGCUCCAACGGGAAUAUUUGAUGAAUUCUUUGCUAUCCCUUCUGUUCAGUCUAAUAUCACGACGAGGUCGUUUGUCGACUUUGUGAAUCUUAUUUCAGGGGAUCUUGGUCUUGAUAUUGGGCUCGCUGCUACGGCUGUACCUAUUACGACCUACCCACAGUCUCUGCUUGAUAAGAUAGUCAACGAGACAAUCACGACGGGGGAUAAACUUACUGCUGCGACUAACUCGACUGUCGUUGUGAUAAUGGUGCCCGAACCGUUCUUGAACCCCUUCUCUCAUUCGCGUGGAGGCGCAUAUCCACACCCUCCAUCCCGCCAAGUCACGCCUUCUUCUCCUGAGAUCGCGUACCCGAUUAAUUCAAACUUGACUGCGGAUGAGCAAGAAGCAUUCUACAACCUGAUAGUAUCUGCCGAGAAAGAAUAUGCGCAUAACAUCCAGGCAGCAGCUGUAGCUGAGGGGGUCAGCAAGUGGGACGAUAUCUUGUAUCCCAAUUACGCCAUUGCGGACACUCCGCUUGAGCUCCUGUAUGGCGACAACGUAGAGAGGCUCAGGCAGAUUGCGACGAAGUAUGAUCCUCAGGGUGUCAUGAAGUUGACUGGCGGGUUUCACUUUUAAUUAUUAAGCUUGUGGCCCUACAGAGGAGAGAAGAGCUUGCAGUUGGUGCAGUUAUCUACAGCUCGGACAAUGUGAUAAACUUCCGUACUUGUUCG